AUAUGGAAUUGGUCAGAACAUAUGUAGUUUUAAUUACAAUAUUUCUAAGCCUAUUUAUUUACGGAAAAACUAGUGAUGUACCUGUUGAAAAUACAACACAUAAUUGUCCCUUUACGAGAAUUAUAGAAGACAUAUUUAAAAAACAUAAUAAAACAAACUCCAAUACCAGUCUCAAGGACGACGAAUCGGCUAAGCUAUUUUUAGAAGUCAUUGACAACAUUGAUGAUCAUAGCUCAAAUAAAAUACAGGAAGAUAUUAUCAAUAGCAUUAUAGAAUCAAUAAAAAUAAUAAAAGAAAAUAUAACAAGAGAUACACAAGAUGCGCAUUUAAAUGAAGCCAUAAUUUUAAAUGAUGGCAAGACUGUUUCCAAAAAUAAUCAUUUAAUAACUGUCAAUCAAAUAAGAAGUGGAAUAGAAGAAAAAAUUGACGGAGUACCUCCCAAGAAAAGCAAUGCUAUUAAUACGAAAAAUGCUUUUAAUGAAAAACAUAAGUUUAGUAACAACACAUCUGUCGGUUCUCAAUACGUAGAAAUUUUAACGAUUGAACCUAAUAAUACUUACGCAGUGAACACAUCAAGUAAUAAUAUAAUAGAAGUUCUUAAACAUAUUAUGCCUUUAUUUAAUAGCACUGUUAAUAAACAGGUACAUAGUAUUACGAUUAUAGAAAAGAAUGAAAAUAAAAAUCAUUCCGUAACUGAAACGAAAAACACAUCAACUGUCCUUGUAAAAUACUGUGAUAAAGAUAAUAUAACACAGAAUACCGAAACAGUGAAAAACCUAAGUGACCGUAAUGAUUACUUGGAAGCUGAUGAUUACGAUCUACAAGAACAUGGAGAUAAUGUGACCACAGAGGGGAUGAGAGAUAUUCUAGAAGCGGCAGAAUAUGGAAUGCAAAUGAUGACGGAACUCUACACUGUUGUGGAACCUAAAUUAUACUCAAUGGGUUAUUGGCUUGAUGAUAAGAGCCCCGCGCGCUAUGUAGCAGCUUUUAAUGCACCAUCUGAAGAUCUUGAGAAGUACUCCCGAUAUGGUUAUGCAUCAGUCUUGGCCGCAGCUAAAUUAAAAGAGCUAAGUGGAGACACCCUGGAGAGUCGCACAGAUGAAAUCAAAUUCCCAACUGCAAGUGCACUGCGUCAGUCCCCUCUUCUCGAGCAGUGCCCACUACGCGGCCCACCUAAAUGUCCACCAGCAUCCAAAAGAUACCGUACCCACGAUGGCACCUGCAACAACUUAAACCGCCCAAGAUGGGGCUCCACCAUGACCCCAGUCCAGCGUUUCCUUCCACCAGUAUACUCCGAUGGCAUACAAGCCCCAAGGAGAUCUGUCUUCGGCUCUCUACUACCAUCAGCCCGUGAGAUCAGUGCGUUAGUGCACGAAGAUCAAAACGUAGAAAAUCCCGGAAUUACACACUUGCUAAUGCAAUGGGGUCAAUUUUUGGACCAUGAUAUGGUAUCGUCGUCACAAUCAAGAGGGUUUAAUGGUUCUGUGCCAAGAUGCUGCAAAGAUGGUGGAAGAGAUUUCAUUCCUAAGGAAUUUUUGCAUCCUGAAUGCUUUCCUAUAGCUGUACCCCUUUCGGAUCCCUUUUACGGACCUCGUGGAGUGAGGUGCCUGGACUUUAUCAGGUCUUCACCGGCGCCUCAGGAAGACUGCCGAAUUGGCUGGCGUGAGCAGAUCAAUCAGGUGUCAGCAUACAUUGAUGGAUCGCCACUUUAUGCAAGCUCAGCAAGGCAGUCCGACAAACUACGAUUGUUUAGAAAUGGUAUGCUUCAAUACGGGCGUGUACAACAACGGCGCCCUCUACUGCCUACGGAAAGACGGGAUGAGUUGUGCAGAGGCGGAGCUCUGUCUGCUGACUGCUUUAAGUCUGGUGACGCGAGGGUCAACGAGCAACCAGGCCUUGUCGCUGCUCACAUUGUAUGGUUACGACAACACAAUAGAAUGGCAACAGAACUAGCCCACUUAAAUCCGCACUGGACUGAUGAGAAAAUAUACCAGGAGACAAGAAAAAUCAUUGGCGCCAUGAUACAACAUAUCACUUAUCGAGAGUUUUUGCCAAUUAUAUUAGGUCCGGAGGUGAUGAAUCUAUUCGAAUUAGAGCCCCAGAAGAAAGGUUACUACCGUGGAUACAACCCCAAGAUCAAUCCAAGUCCAGCGAGUUCGUUUGGAUCAGCCGCCUUCCGCUUUGGCCACUCUCUGGUUCAACCUUCCAUGAUCCGCUUCGAUCGCUUCCACAGACCCAUGGCAAAUAAUGUAUCACUUCAUGAUGAGCACACAAACCCAUCAAACAUCUGGAGUAUGGGUGCCGUAGACCGUCUGAUGCUCGGUAUGAUGAACCAGCCCAUACAGAAACGAGAUGAAUUCAUCACGGAAGAACUAACCAAUCACCUAUUUCAAACAUCACACUUCGACUUCGGUAUGGAUCUUGCAGCAAUCAACAUACAGAGAGGGAGGGACCAUGGAGUACCACCUUACAGGUCUUGGAGGGAGCCGUGUGGUCUAUCAACCGUAGAAAACUUCGACGAUCUGUCAAGAAUAAUGCCGGCAAGGGUUGUGCGGAAAAUGAAGGCUUUAUACAAGAACGUCGAUGACAUUGACCUCUUCACUGGAGGAAUGUCUGAACGGCCUGUCAUUGGGGGCCUGGUUGGACCAACCUUUGCGUGUAUUAUCGCUCAACAGUUCUCAAAUUUACGUAAAGGUGAUCGAUUCUGGUAUGAAAAUGGUGGCAGUGACUCCUCAUUCACCCCAGCACAAUUACAACAAAUAAGACGAAUUUCACUAGCACAAGUACUAUGUCGUACGCUUGACACGAUUGACAGCAUCCAACCUUUUGUUUUCCUCUCUCCUGACAACCCUGACAAUAACAGAAUUUCCUGCUUCAACAAUCACCUGGACAAUUUUGAUCUCUCCGCGUGGGUUGAAAUUAUUUCAAAUAAUGAAGUUAGAAAAGCUAACGAAGAUUCUUCUACUACCUCUAAACCAAUAAGACCAAAACCAAGCACCGCAAUUCCUAUAACGACAAAUAAAAUGCAAAAGAUUACGCCAAAUCAUUCAUCUCUUAAAACAUAUCUAGAAAAUGACGAGACUAAAGUUAAAAAACAGACUCAUGAACUUAAUUUGACUGACUCAACGACUAAUGACACUGAUUCCGUUAAAGAUGUAACUCUGAAGGGUAUUGACGAUAAACUUGACUUUAGAAAUAAGACUAAAAGAUUUAAUGACGAUGAUAUCAACACACGACGCAGUCCUAAUAAACAAUAUGUAUAUAAUGAUAACGUGCAAACUGCACAAUCUGUUGUAAUCAAUAACUUGCCACAAAGACCAAAUAGACCGUACUUAUCUGUGACUGAAAACAUUGACAAAUAUACUUAUCUCAUCAAUUAUGUCCCAAGAACAACUCAGUCUUGGCGACAGACGACUAGGCGAAACUAUGACAGAGAUGUAGUUAAAGUGACUUACCAGAAUUAUGACGAUACUUACAGACGACCCAAUAGACCAUACUUUAAUAGGGGUGACUUAGACCAUGACUAUGAAUCUAGGAAUAACGCACGACUGGUUACUGAAGUUCAAUCUUCAGCUAGAUCCAAUGAAGAAAUUGUUACGACUCGAAUAACUGAUAGACCUAUAACUCUGACUGAAAAAACUCCAAACUUUGACUCAACGACAGAAAACUUAUACAAAUUACUGACUUUUGGCUAUGUAGGUUCCUACAGGGGUGACUUGACAGAAAAAAAUAUUAGAAAGGACUUUAAUGAUGACAAAGUAAGUAAAGAUUUUGCUACUAGUGAUGAAAAGCAAGAUGCGGUGGCUGACAAUGGUGUGAAUGCUGGAAAAUUAUCAACCUUUUUCCUAUAUGAAACUGCAACCCGACCCUUUAAUUCCCAACGUCCAACAAGACAUAAUAGUGACGAAAUGACUCGAAAUACUAAAACUAAAUACUAUUACGUAGACAACGUAUUAAAGAAAUACUCUGACAAUGAAAGCCUCCCAAAAGAGAAAGACUUGACUAAAAUAAAUGAAACAAUCAAAGAAAAUAUAGAAGAACGCUCCGUCCGAAACAAAAUUGCUGCUUUAGAUAAUAACAAGACUGAUAGACCCAGAGAACGAGAAAAGAAACCGAUGAAUUCUGCGAAAACUCCUUCCGUGACGUUCGAUAUAAUUCCUAGUGAGAGCAGUCCAACUCAAUGGGCGGUUUACGAAGAAAAAGAAGAACUAAUAGAUCCCCUACAUAACUGGAUGCCGGCUGUCAAGACGGACCCACUUUCUCUUAGAGAGCUGCCACGUCCUAUGGACUUCUCUGGGAAAAGACGUUUAGGAAGACAAGAUUCUCCUUAAAUCAUAAUUACUAAACAUAUUUAUAUAGAUAUCUGUAGGUAUAAUAUAAAUUAAAGCUAUUGUAAUUUGCGCGGAAAGUGUGUAUUGUAAAAAACAUGUGCUUUAUAACGAUGACUGACUGUGACUGCAUACUCUUUGACUGAUUAGUGAUGACUUACAACAGGGUUUUUAAUUUUAUUUGGUAUAUUUCUACAUUUCAAGUAUUCCCAAAAGUUUGACCUAUACAAUGUUUUCCACUGAAGAAGAUGGACUACUUAAUUCAUUGAUUGAUGACUUAUGACUAACCAAUUGGGAGGAUAUAAUGACGCUUGAUGACUUGGGUAAUUUGGGAGGCUGACUUGACUGAUCUGACUCGAAUUCAACAAGAAUUUUACCAUAACUAUAUUAGCGACACAUUAUGUAUGACAUACGCGACAAAUUAAACUACUUGAAACCUAGUUUUUAAAACAAAGACUAAUAACAUUGACUACUUUACUUAUGACAUUUCAUUACAUUUUCUUUAAUAGCAUAUACAUGGUGAUCAAACUGACUGAAUAAUAUUAGUAAAAUUGGAAAUUAUUACCAAAAUAAAAUAUUAUAAGUGGUAACUUAUACAAAGUUUUAAAUUGCAAUUAACAUGCAUUUAUGUGUAACAAUUACAGACUAGACUAUUUGAUAAUAGAACCACCGAACCUAACUACUGUAACUCGUCCUAAUACUAAAAUAGUUUAUUUAAAAAAAAAACAAUUUUUUUCAAUAAUAUUUAUUGAAAACUAAUGUCUUAACAAUCAGGUCAUAUUAAUUUCAU